AGUGCAGCACUAAUCGCGUCUGAUGGGCGUGUACGGAGCGCAGAUUCAGCACCAAGAGACUGGUGACCUGAGCAGGAGACGCUCUUUGUGGCUUAACAAUAAUCUGUCGAAUAUAGUUUGGAAAAAGCCGUGAACAGACGCUUUGAGUGUUCAAGAUGACGACCACCACCACUUUUCAAGGCAUGGAUCCGACCGGGAGGAGCAGCUCCAGGUGCACUAGAGUGCUGCGUCCACCAGGUGGAGAUUCAAACAUCUGCUUUGGCACAGAUGAAGUGAAAGCUGUGAAGAAAAACAAAAUGGCAUCUAGUAUAUUUGCCGAACCUGAGGACCCUCAUGCCCAUCGAAGGAACAAUCCACCAGGUGGAAAGCCUACAGGUGUGUUGUGUGGAGAGCCAUCUGCCCCUCUCAGAAGAUGUACUGUUCAACCCGACAACCAAAGUAACUCCACAGUCGAAAAUAAUGUACCUGUGAAUGGUGAGGGAAACUCAAUCACUGUUGAUAGCACAGAAGAACCUGAACCUAUUCAGGAGCAAGAUGACACACCAGCUCCACCUUACCUCUGUGCAAGAGAGCACCCUCCGGCUGAGGUUCCUUAUGGUCGUAGAAACCCACCGGGGGGUAAAUCCUCUCUCAUCUUAGGCUAAGGAUUUGCCUCACUUAAGGAUAAGAUCUGGGCCUAUGUGAAAUGAGCAUCUCAGAGUAAAUGUGCUGUUCUGUGGUCAGUGCCCAUCCUCUGCAUAACUGUAUUUAUAAAAUGAUAUAAGCCACAAAGAACAGAUUAAGAUCGGGGCAGUUUAGACAGAGAUGUGUGCCACAAAUCUCAGAGCUGUGAUUUGUUCAAAGAAUGUCUUUGAAUGUGUAAAGUGUUGGUCUAUCAGUCUUGUCUUGACUAAGAUCAGACCCUUUAGGAAAAACAGAUUCCGGGUGUGCACUGCUACUCUCAGAUACUGCAAAUCAUAGGCCAAAAUUUGCCAUCAAAGUUCUCCCAGUCAGGGUUUGUCUAAGAAAUGUCUCCCUGACUCAGUCUUUGUCUCUCUCUCAUUUAUGUUACGUUUUUGUCAGCACUUUAUGAACUGUGGUGCCCAAAUUGUGGUGCCUCAGGCUUGCUGGUUAAAGACACAAGGUUUGAAUUAUUCCAUGUCACAUCCAUCAUUUAAAAAAAAAAAAAAUCUGAAAUGUUUGUAGAUGUAAAGAAAAAAAAGUAUAAACCUUGACCUACUGAUCGCUGAAGAGGUAUUGAGUACAAAAUAACAAAACACAAUUAAAUCAAUAAAUACAAUUAAGAGUUAAAAGUACAACAAACAUGAGAGUGCAAUGAAAUAUUAUUCUCUAGUCAAUAACAGGUGUGCCGGAAAAGAUGCAUGUGAGCAAGCUCUUAUUUGUUUGUUUGUUUGUUUAAAAAAAAAAAAAAAGUUAUAAAACAUGUACAAAAAUACAAACAACAGCCACAGUGGACAGUCAUUGCGUCUAAUCUGUCAUCAAGUAUUCCAUGUUCAACAAAAAAGUUCUUAUUGCCUUGUUACGUUUGACGUAUGCCAAAACGGUGCUGUAUUAUUCUUUGACUCCUUGGAGGAAGUGUGUAACAGAGUCUGUUAAUUUUUUUAUGUACAUGAGCUUUUCUCAAAUUAAAAAAAAAAAAAAAAAAUUGUGAAAAAUAUUUGUCUAUUGUCCUGAGAAUAGAAACACUCUGGCAUCCAACAAAAAUACAUUACCAGUGUUUCUUCUAAUUGUCCAUGUUCAUAAUAUUGUAUCAUAAGCUAUAGUUAGGCAUACUAUGAACCGGUGUGUUUAGAUGGUAACAGCUAUGAAGUCAAAGUGAAAGUAGUUCAUAUUCACACUGCUUUAUACAAAGCCCUCACAUCUAAAGGUGGCAGCAGUGACCUGUAACUAUUUAUGAAACUAAUGGUCAUCUGUACUGUGGAAAUGUAAACAUUUAACUUUUUGCCUAACAAAGUUUUUUGUGGUUCACAUUAAAAGCAGUCUUUAGACAUGACUACUUGUUCUAGAGUUAGCAUGUUAUAUUAGUCCAUGUUGUUAUUAGUAAACACAUCUGAGCUUGAAAGAGAUAAUUUUGGCAGGUGUAUGAAAUUAACAAAUAAAAUAUAUGCUAGUGGCUCA